GCUCCGGUCAUGUUGUUUCGUGGUGCUCUCUGGUUGCUGCUGCUCCUGCCGCUGCGCCCCCCGGGAGUGCAGGGCCGCCGCGGUGCCACGAGCUCAGGGCAGGAGGCCGACGAACCCACCCCUUGGCCGAGCAUCCAACGCCUGCAGGAGCAGCUGAGGACGGCCGGGGCCCUCUCCAAACGGUACUGGACGCUCUUCAGCUGCACCUUGUGGCCCGAUCACUGUGAAGACCACGAGACCCCCGUGCCGCCGCUGGGCUGGAGCCUUCCUCUAUGGGGCCGGCGGUCGCUGGAUAUGCUCACUGCGUGGAUCUGCCGCUUUCAGGACUGCUGCAGCGGUGGGGAUUGCAGGAUCUCCAACAACUUGACAGGCUUAGAAUCGGACUUGCGUGUGCGACUUCACGGCCAGCAUCUCGCUAGCAAGCUGGUCCUAAGAGCAGUAAAGGGCUACUUAGAGAUGCCCCAAGUAAGCAAGGCCCUGGCUCUGUCAUUCCAUGGCUGGUCUGGCACAGGCAAGAACUUCGUGGCAAGGAUGCUGGUGGACAACCUGUAUCGGGACGGAAUGAGGAGUGACUGUGUCAAGAUGUUUAUCUCUACCUUCCAUUUUCCACACCCCAAGUAUGUGGACAUGUACAAGGAGGAGUUGCAGAGGCAGAUGCAGGAGACGCAGCGGCGCUGCCAACAGAGCACGUUCAUCUUUGACGAAGCAGAGAAGCUGCACCCGGGGCUGCUGGAGUUGCUUGAACCCUACCUGGAACGGAGGAGCCCCGAGGCCUAUGGAGCUGAGGCGCCCCGAGCCAUCUUCCUCUUUCUCAGUAACCUUGGAGGCAGUGUCAUCAAGGAGGUAGUCCUGGGUUUGCUUAAGGAUGGAUGGUCCAGGGAGGAAAUUACGAUGCAGCACUUGGAGAUGCCCCUUCAGGCUGAGAUCAUGAAGUCUGCAGACAGCAGCUUUGGCUCCAGCUGUCUCCUGAAGGAACACCUUGUUGACCUCUUUAUCCCCUUCCUGCCACUGGAGUACCGCCAUGUGAGGCUGUGUGUCCGAGAUGCCUUCCUGGGCCAGGAUCUCCCAUACACAGAAGAGGCCCUGGAUGAAAUCGCCAAGAUGAUGACAUACGUCCCCGAGGAAGAGCGGCUUUUCUCCUCUCAGGGCUGCAAAUCCAUUUCCCAGAGAAUCAACCUCUUCUUGCCUUGAAAGUGACUCCUGUGCACCCUAAAUAAUCUUCCUCUUCCAGAGACACUCAUCUGCCAGGUAUCCUGGUGUCUAACAACCACUGCUUUCAGCUACUGUGCAGAAGGCAGUUCCUAACAGAGGAAGUUUCUAAAAACCACUUGGUGCCUUAAAAACCUACAUUCUAGACAUUCUAGACUGCGUGUCAGAAAGUCAGGAAGCCAGUGGAAGGUCCAAGUACCAGAGGGUCCUCAGAACACUCCCUAUAGUCUCUUGGCACCAUAGCUCUUCCUGGAAGGCAGCUGGAGUGGAGUAUGAGCCUGAGGCUCCAGGAUCUUUGGGCAACAGAACAAGGAAGAUGGAAGAUGUGUGGACCAACAGGAGUGUGGCCUGGGUCUACAGAUUUGGCUGGCUUUCCGAGGUGGGGAGAGGGGCAGCUUCUGCAUGUGAGCAGACCAGCAAAGGGUCUUAGGCUAAAGGAAAAACCACAUUUUCAAAACAUGAUGGGUGUGGCUAAUACAGAAGACGGAGCUAAAGAAGCCUGAGCUGCCUAGUUUGAGCAGCCAGCCAGGCUUCAACAAACAAAAAACAGGAGGUGUGUAGCUAAGGCAUGUUCUGUUCUGUAGAUUGAAAACUUUAAGAGGCCUCAUCAUGUGUAAUUAAAUUUUGUAUUUUUCUAAUA